GCGAUGAAAUGCCACUGCGCAUGCCCGACUGUUCAACAAACAUGGCGGCGCCCUACAUGACAGUUGUCAGGACAGCACUAAAAGGUGUACACCUUGUUCCCGGCCGAUGGCUGGUUACACAGAGGAGCCAAACCUCGUCAUUGAGUCAGUGUUUGCGACUGCAUGCUGCUCACUGUCGGCCGCUGCAUGUCUCCCCUGCUGCCUCCCUGUGCAGCUCUAAGACAGAGCCACAGAGGAGCACCCAGCAACACAGCACAGCUGGCACCCACACAGACAACAGGAGGGCCGAGGAAGAGGAGGAGGAAGAGGAGGGUCCUGAAUACAUUCCCAAGAAAAAGGCAAAGAACCCCAUGAUGAAGGUUGGCUAUGCCUGGUGAGUCUCUUCAUUUCUGU